AUGGUUCGAAGGAGCUGCAUGUUUUGUGAAAAGUUGUAUGAGCAGGAUAUGCUGCGUUAUGUUUCCAUAAGUAAACCACAUAAUGCUAUCCUGAUCACGUUGAUGAUGGUGUCGUCGUCGGCUGAUUUGGAGCAAAUGAAAGUCAUCUAUGAAAAAAUCUCGUCGAAGAAACACAUGUGCCACAGUCACUAUGUUGAUGCUGCUAAAUAUCUGGCCGCGGAGAUGGCAGCAGUUGGAACUCGAUUCUCGUACUACAACGAUUCAACAGCGUAUAGUACGGUAGUGAUCACUGAAAGAGACAUCUGCCAGUUUAUGAAUGACGCCCUUCGUCGUUACUAUACCCAAAACGGGUGGAAUACGGUCUCUCAGAUUGACGAAAAGAUGGACUACGAAGAAGAAAUGAAUGAAACGAGUGCGAGCGAACUCAUGGAGCAACAAGGACCGGGAUUUCCGAGCUCUUCGGAUAAUCCUGCACCAGAAUGUGCGGACGCCAUCAAACAAGAAACUGAGAAGUACGAUGACAAAGGAUAUGGUGCACUGCGACAGCCUAAAGUGGAAUGCGAGGAGGCUCCUGAACAACCGCUCAGCACUGAAACGGCAUGUCCGAUUGUGAUGGACGUGAAGCCUGAAAAUGACAACCUGUUUGUGAAAAAGGAUAUCGAUAACUCAGAAGUUAUGGUUGUUGACGCCGAAAGCGAACCCAUGCAGUGUUCGCCAGAAGAGUCCUCAGCAGAAUCGUCUUCGGUGCCUGUACCAGAGUUGGAUGCAACGGAUCCCCUUCUUCUCAAGCAA